AUGGAUUUACAUCUCAUCUCAGCAACCAUUCUUAUUCAUAUUUUAAUCUUCAUUGAACAUGUCCAGUUUAUUACCGCUUUUAACCCAGUUGUUUCAACAGAGAAGGGUAAAGUCCAGGGAUAUCGUAUGGAUAACAAUGGAGCUGAUGUUGAUAUAUUUUUCGGAAUUCCGUUCGCCAAACCUCCGUUGGGUGAUAUGAGAUUCAAGGCACCAGUACCAAAUGAUCCAUGGAAAGGCACACUCAAUGCAACUACUAAACCAAACGCUUGUAUGCAAGGAAUAGACAAGUACUUCAAUUUUUCUGGAAGUGACAUGUGGAAUCCAAAUACCAAAAUAGAUGAAGAUUGUUUAUAUCUAAAUGUUUGGGUACCACGAACCAACCCACCGUUUCAAAAUAAAGCAGUCAUGGUUUGGAUCUUUGGUGGCGGAUUUUAUAGCGGAAGCUCUGCUCUUGAUGUUUAUGACGCACAUCAUUUAGCCACUGAAAAUGAUGUAAUUGUUGUGUCUCUUCAAUAUCGGGUCGGUGCUCUUGGAUUCCUGGCAAUGGGACAUCCAGAGGCUCCGGGAAAUGCUGGUUUGCUCGAUCAAAGAAUGGCAUUGGAAUGGGUCCAACGCAACAUACACCAUUUUGGAGGAAGUGCGCGUAAUGUGACUAUAUUUGGGGAAAGUGCUGGUGCUGUGAGUGUAGGGUUACAUUUAGUUUCUCCUCUCAGUAGGGGACUGUUUGAUAGAGCUAUAUUGCAAAGUGGGGCAGCUCAAAAUGUGUGGGGUACCAUGCCAAGUUCAGAAGCUGAGCGUAGAUCUAGAAAACUAGCAGACAUUUUAAAAUGUGACGGUAAAGCGGAGGCUGACGUUCUUAUAGAUUGUUUACGUCGAGUACCACCAGAAGACUUCCCAAAAUAUGAAUUCUUGGUCUCAUCAGGGAUCAUUCAGUAUCCGUUUGUACCAGUGGUGGACGGAAAUUUUUUAGUUGAAACUCCUGCGGAAUCGUUGGCUAGGGGGAAUUUUAAAAGGACGCCGUUAUUAUUGGGUUCCAAUAAAAAUGAAGGCAUAUGGUUCAUUAUGUAUGAAAUACCAUUUUUUGAUAUAAAAUUACCAGGAUUAAUAACUAGUGACCAAUUUAAAAGUACAAUAGGUAAAUUGUUCGAGUUCUAUCCACAUUUUCCUCAUAAACUAAAUGACUUUGGACAAGCUGCCGUUAUGUUUCAAUAUACACAUUGGCAGGAUCCCAAUAAUCAAAGUAUGAAUAGAUAUAUGGUGGACCAAGCAGUCGGAGACUUGUAUUUCGUUUGUUAUGUCCAAGAAAUGUCAAAAUAUUAUGCUCAAGCGGGCAUGGAUGUAUAUAGUUAUUUAUUUAACCACAGAUCAAGUGUUUCAGAAUGGCCUCUAUGGGCCGGUGUUAUGCACGCUGAUGAAAUUCCAUUUAUAUUCGGAUCACCUUUAAACACUCACGAAAAGUAUUUAACAAGUGAAAAAGAAUUAAGUAGAAAAAUGAUGCGUUAUUGGACUAAUUUUGCUAAAACUGGUGAUCCAAACCGCGGUCCAAAUGAAAUCAGUUUAAAUGAAUGGCCGCCUUUCAAGCCUCGUACUCAGGAUUAUUUAAUAUUAUCAACCGACCAUCUUCAUCAAGCUGAUAAAUCACAAGCUGUUAAACAAGGUUAUAAAGCACAGGAGUGUGCAUUUUGGCAAAAUUAUCUACCUCAUCUUGUCGCUGGAACCGGUAAGUUAAUCUUCCCUUACCCCUAA